AUGCCGGUAAUUAAUGAAGCAAGUCAUGUUCAUGUGGAAAACCGAUUGUUGUGGGAAGAGUUAGCAUAUGACCGUGCUAGGGAAAACGAGGAGAGUCAACGGCUUAAGGAGAGACUUACAGAAGAACAAAAAGAAAUAUAUGAUGCCGUUAUCAAUGAUAUUGAUUCCAACAAUGGUGGACUAUUUUUUGUUUAUGGGUAUGGUGGUACAGGAAAGACAUUUUUGUGGCGUGCGCUCUCUUCUUAUAUUAGAGCAAAAGGCGAUAUUGUUAUCAAUGUGGCAUCGAGUGGGAUAGCAUCUUUACUUCUUCCGGGUGGAAGGACUACACAUUCAAGGUUUUCAAUACCAAUCUCUGUCAAUGAAGAUUCUACGUGCAAUAUAAAUCAAGGCAGUCAAUUAGCUGAACUCAUUGUUCGUGCGAAACUAAUAAUUUGGGGUGAAGCACCGAUGAUGCACAAACAUUGUUUUGAGGCGUUGGAUAAAACAAUGAGAGAUUUGUUAAGGUUUGUUAAUAAUGAAAGUCAAAACAAGACUUUUGGAGGAAAGACAGUGGUUCUAGGUGGGGACUUUAGGCAAAUAUUACCAGUGGUGCCAAAGGGUUCAAGACAUGACAUUGUUUCUGCAACAAUUAAUUCUUCAUAUCUUUGGAGACAUUGUAGAGUUAUGCGUUUAACAAAAAAUUUGAGAUUAACUACAAUGGAACCUCGAUUGAAUCAAGACAAAGUUGAAGAAUUUGCGAAUUGGCUAAUUUCAAUAGGUGAUGGUAAUAUUGGGGUAGAUGUUGAUGGUUACGCUGAUUUUGAUAUCCCCAGUCAAUUGUUAUUAAAGUCAAAUGGUGAUCCUAUUUCCUCUAUUGUGAAAAGUACCUUCCCCAACUUUACUGGUGCAAGCAGUGAUGGAAGUUGUUUUAAGAACAGUGCAAUAGUAGCACCAACGUUAGAGGUGGUCAAUGAGGUCAACCAGCAAAAUUCUCUUCGCACAGUCUGGAUCAGCGCCAGUGAGCAGUCCAGUGGGCAGUUAACCAGAUUUAGUCUUCAAGAUCCACUAUUUUUGCUCAGAUCUACACUUCUGGUUGAAGCUUAUUUUGAGUGGAUUUCAGCUGCAAAAAUUGAGGAAAGUUUGGCUAAUGGUUCGGCCGUGUUGGUGAACCUUGAUGACUUGCAAAGUGUCAACUUGAAGAUGAGGAAGGCUUAG